AUUAUGGAUCUAGAAUUCCACCAAAAGAAGCCAGUUCAAGGUGAGAGAAAGAAAAUGUGUUCUUAUGUACAUUAAUUUUCCACUUAAUAAUCAUGGCGCUGAAGACUCUAACAGCUGUGAGUUGCUCUGUGAAAACUUUUUUCCAACCUACAAUUCUCAAACGUUCUUGGGAGAUUCUGCUUGGCCAUGAGAUCUCCAUGAGGAGUUCUUCAUUUCAGAAGAGUAUUCCUCCAUCAGCCAAAUAUGGUGGGCGGCACACUGUGACCAUUAUUCCUGGGGAUGGCGUUGGUCCUGAACUUAUGCUUCAAGUCCAGAAUGUUUUCAGACAUGCAAAUGUGCCUGUGGACUUUGAAGAAGUGAAGGUUAACUCCAGUUCUUCUGAAGAGGACCUUCACAAUGCCAUCUUGGCAGUCCGUCGAAACCGUGUGGCCCUGAAGGGUAACAUUGAAACUGACUACAAUUUGCCUCCAUCUCACAAAUCCCGCAACAACAUCUUUCGCACCUGUCUAGAUCUCUAUGCAAGUGUUAUCCAUUUCAAGAACAUGCCAGGUGUGGAGACCUGGCAUAAGAAUAUAGACAUCUUAGUUGUUCGGGAAAACACAGAGGGUGCAUACAGCAUGCUGGAGCAUGAGAGUGUGAAGGGAGUGAUAGAGAGCUUAAAGAUCGUCACCAAGGUCAGGUGCAUGCGCAUCGCCAAAUAUGCCUUUGAGCUGGCCCAGAAGAUGGGGCGCAAGAAAGUGACAGCUGUGCACAAGGCCAACAUCCUGAAACUAGGAGAUGGUCUCUUCCUCCAGUGCUGUCAGGAGGUGGCGUCCUGCUACCCUCAGCUCACCUUUGAAUGCAUGAUUGUGGAUAACACCACCAUGCAGCUGGUAUCCCAGCCCCAGCAGUUUGACGUCAUGGUGACACCCAAUCUCUAUGGCAGCAUUAUCAACAAUGUCUGUUUGGGGUUGGUUGGGGGAGCAGGUCUUGUGCCAGGUGCUGCCUAUGGCCAACUAUUUGCGGUUUUUGAAACAGCUGCAAGACAAUCAGGCAAGAGUAUAGCUAAUAAGAAUGUUGCCAACCCUACUGCCAUGCUGCUGACAAGUUGCAUUAUGCUGGAUUACCUCCAGCUCGAGACCUAUGCCACCACCAUUCGUACUGCAGUCUUGACUUCCUUGAAGAACAAAGAUACCUUUACCCCAGAUAUUGGAGGCCAGAGUACCACACUGAACACCAUUCAAAAUAUCAUCAGUCACAUCAGAAAUGCCAAAUAAAUGAUCGGUCCUUUGGAGACUAUGCUAUCCCAAGCAUAGCCCCAAGUCCUUCCUGCCCACUCUUUACCUCACACUACCUUCUGAGAACCCCCUGCCAGCUUCACUUGAGUAGACUUCAGAAUUAGCUGACUCCUGCCCCAACUAAGAAGUGUAUGUAUGGAUGGGGAAGGGGAAAGGGAAGGGGUACAAAAUCAACUGAUUUUUAAAAAAUAUUAAAGUGUUUAA